AUGGCCCUUACGCUGUCCAUCGGACUUCUCAGUGGCCGAACUACCCAGGUUUCUGUGGACGCGGAUGUCUCGGGCGCCGAGCUGCAGCGUCGAGCAGAGGCCGCACUGCGGACGGAGUUGGCCGGCUUGGUCACUGCUGCAGGAAGCACCCUGACCGGGUCUGAGACGCUCAGACACGCAGGUAUCCGUGAUGGCGAUGCGCUCAGUGCAGUCGCAGGAAAUGCCCCUGACAGCGUGCCCAGUGCGAGAUUCAUGUCGGCCUUUGCUCUGAUUCGUGGCGAUGGAAGCGUGGCUGCUUGGGGCGACAGAGCAUGCGGAGGUGACUGCAGCCCUGUCAUAGAUGAACUCUUCGCCGUGACACAGAUCCAGACCUCGUCCUCUGCCUUUGCAGCCUUGCGCCGCGAUGGUGGGGUGGUGUCCUGGGGUAAUCCGAGGACCGGUGGAAACAGCAGUGCCGUGCACAAGCAGCUGGUCAAGGUGAAAGAGCUGCAUGCCUCUGCAUGUGCUUUCGCAGCAUUGCGAAAGGAUGGAAGUGUCGUCACCUGGGGCAUUGACCAGUCUGGAGGGAACAGUGCAAUGGUGCAAUCCCAGCUUGUGAACGUAAAGGAGAUCUGCUCGUCGACCUUCGCCUUUGCUGCCUUGAGGGAUGAUGGUAGGGUGGUGACCUGGGGCUCUGCAAGUGUUGGUGGAGACAGCAGCUCUGUGCGAGCGCAGCUCACCGACGUCCGGCAGCUUUUCGGAUUUGCCAAUGGCUUCGCUGCUAUUCGGAUGGAUGGUCAGCCGAUUGUAUGGGGUGAUGUGCCAUCUGGCCGAGACGGCACAAAACUACAGCAAGAGCUCCGUGAAGUGCGCCGUGUGUACGCAACGGAUUCGGCUUGCGCUGCCCUGCGAGCAGAUGGACGUGUUAUCACCUGGGGCGCCCUGGGUCAAAGUGUUCCGCACAGGCAUCUCCUCCGCAUCCGGCAAAUUUGCACAACUCGCUCAGCAUUUGCAGCUGUCCGAGAUGAUGGCAGUGUCGUCGCUUGGGGCCGUUCCGACGCAGGCGGAGACUGUAGAUCUGUCCAGCAUCUGCUCUUCGAAGUGAAGCAGCUGGCAGCGACAGACUCGGCUUUCGCGGCGCUGCGGGCAGACGGCCACGUGAUUGCUUGGGGCGAUUCCAAAGGCGGUGGGAACUCUGUGCCCGUGACGCAUCAGCUCCAAGGCAUUCGCCACGUCUACGCGACUUCUGCAGCAUUCUGCGCUCUCACGGUCGACGGUGCCCUCGUGCUGGGCGGUCAUUUCCAAGUACUGUUGAAGGGCACUGUACUCGAGGAUGCAGCACGCGGUGGAGACCCCGCCGCGGAGCUGCGUCUUAGACAGCAGGAAGCCUUGCAGCAUGUUGCGGACCGGCCCAUCGAAGAGAUGCUUCUGCCGGGCUACGAGAAGGACCAGGUCUUUCCCACGCUUGCUCGCCAUGCAAGAAGCGUCGAUGUGCCUCCUCUCUGCACUCUGGAGCGGGAUGUGCUCAGGCAUAUCGUUGCGGGCAUCAACCCCAUGCAGGCGCACAUCCGUGUGAUGCGACGUCGCAAUGACUCUGCGGUACGCGCCUGGCCAGGCCUGGGUUUGACCGCGAGGCCAGCUUUGUUCUGCCAGGGUGAUCGGGAGUCUAGAUUUGAGCAGAUGUCGGAUGCGACGCAAGUCCAGGCUUGGCGGAUACCAGUGCCGGAGUCUUCUGAAGACGAGCCGAGGAUGCCACAGCUGCCUUUCGCCACUCGCCUUGUGGAGACGUCCGCAACAGAGCGUCUGGCGCUCUUCUCCUCACCGCUGCUGUCGAUGCAGCAAGGUGGAAACACCUUGGCAGACAAGGACGCCGUCCAAAGACUGAAGGCAUGUCCUACCAACAUCUUUGAGCAGAUUGCCUUUGACAUCGAGGACACGGUGACAAAGGCUAUGCUUGCCCAGACUGGUAAAGAAGAGGAGGACUCUGACAUUCCAGAGGAAAGCAAGACUCCCAUCUUUCCAGUGCUGGACUCACCGAAGCGAUCGGUUUGCGGAGGCUGUUUGGUGACUCCGGUAAGCAACAUCGGCGUCUCCGACAUGUUAAACUUGGACGUGGCGUAUGACUCGACGACGUUGCUCGGGCCAACCGAAGCAGAGUGGCUGAAACAGAAACGGGAGGAGGACGAAGAGUAUCUGCUCUACUUGAAGAGCCAGUCUCCAGACGGUCUCCCUCUUGUGAGGCUCUGA